CUAAUGUAGGUUCAUUUAAAUGUUAGGUAACGCAACAGCAGGAAACAUGAUUGCUAGCAUAUGUACAGCAACCCUUAAUCUAAAUUUAACUUGUUGUAAUUAAUGUACAAAUGAGGAUACAUGCCAUGUCAUGAAUGUUGCAUGAGUUCGAUUCAUAUCCUGGACUCCUUCAGCCUAAAGAAUGGGUGUUCAUGAGUUGUGGUCUAUCCUGGAACCUGUUCGGGAGUCCGUUCCUCUGUACCACCUCACCGGUAAAACCCUGGCUGUGGAUUUGAGCCUGUGGGUCUGCGAGGCCCAGUUUGUAAAAGAAAUGAUGGGGAGAGUCGUCAAACCUCACCUGCGGAAUCUGUUUUUCAGGGUCUCGGCUCUUACACAAAUGGGCAUUAAGCUGAUUUUUGUAAUGGAAGGAGAAGCACCCAAAAUGAAGGCUGAGACAAUGUGUAAGAGAAGUCAAUUAAGAUGUGGACCCUCCAAGAAAGCCGCGCCCAAAACAACAAAAACUGGCAGAUCGCACUUUAAGGCUGUCCUUAAAGAGUGCGCAGGGAUGCUGGACUGCCUGGGUAUUCCAUGGGUCACUGCUGCAGGAGAGGCUGAAGCGAUGUGUGCCUACCUGGAUUCUCUUGGCCUUGUUGAUGGAUGUAUCACCAAUGAUGGGGAUUCCUUUCUUUACGGAGCCCAAACAGUUUACAAAAACUUCAAUAUGACCACAAAGGAUCCCCAAGUCGAUUGCUAUCGGAUGGCAGAAAUUCAAUCUGAGCUUCAUCUGACACGAGAAACUCUUGUGGCUUUUGCAAUACUGCUUGGUUGUGACUAUCUUCCCAAGGGUGUACCAGGCGUUGGGAAAGAACAAACGCUGAAACUGAUAAAGACGUUACAAGGUCAGACACUCCUCCAGAAGUUCACUCAGUGGCAGAGUGAGGGGCAGGAUAUGCAGAAUCCAACAGUGAAAAAGGUCACUCAUUGCCUUGUGUGUCACCACCCUGGCUCAGCUAAGACUCAUGAGCGCAGUGGCUGCGCUCUGUGUGGUAGCCAACAUUUUUGUCAGCCCCGGGACUAUGAUUACUCCUGUCCCUGUGCUUGGCAUCAGACAGAACAGGCACGGCAGGCUAGCUCCGCUGAAGCCAGCAUUAAAAGGAAAACUUUAGCAAGUGAAUGGUUCCCUUUCAAAGAGAUAAUUGAUGAAUUCUUGGUGAACAAAAACAGACGCAUUCAGAAUGUCGCAACACGGAAACCAAACCUCUUGUUGAUGCAGAACUUUGCUUUAGACAAAAUGGAGUGGCCAAAAUCUUAUACAAGUGAGAAGGUGCUGGUGCUAAUGACUUACACAGAAAUGAUGAACAGAAAAUGUGGAAGAGGAAACACAACACAGAUACAGCCCAUACGGAUAUUCAAGCCUCGUGUAAGGAGUGGAAUUGCUUGCUUUGAAGUAAUCUGGGAAAAACCAGAUCACUACGUGUACGGAGAUGAUCAUCCAGAGGAAUGCCUGGACACGGUGAGAACAGUGGAGGAGGAGGCCCUUUUUCAGACCGCGUACCCAGACCUUGUGGACCGCUUCCUGAAAGAGAGGGAAGAGGCUAAGGAGAACAAGCUCAAACCAAAGAAAUGGAACAAAACGAAAGACAAGGAAUCCAACAUUGGACCUGAUGAUGUUUCUGAUCUCCUCUCCCGAAUGACGAUACACAGUUCCUCCACUGACAAAGCAGGAACAUCUGGCUCUGACACAAUUGCGACAGCUGACCGCAAAAAUGCCCAGGAGUUGCCAAGGUGUCCAGAGUCCUCUGACCAGCAGAGAAAGGGUAGCAAAGAUCAUGACGACAUGGCUGCACCUCAGGGGAUAUUUAUGAAAGUGGUAGAGCCCAGCCCAUCUCCUGUAUCCUCUGAGAAGGUGUCAGCAAAUGCCCUCUCGCCCUCAGUUUCUGCUGUGAUUGAGGCGAUGCACUUGAGUGAUAUCGACUGGGAUGGCAUGUCUUUCAGCUCCUCUCCGUCUCCACAAGUAAACACUGAGCGUCCUUUACCACCAACUGACAUUGACCUCCUCACUCCUGUCAAAGGCCUAAGCGGCACUGCAGAGAAGAAAUGUACAUCCUCCGACACAGGAGAGUCAGCUGGUCUUGAGGUUUCAGUUUUGAAUACUGCAAGAGCACCCGAAUCACCGGCUGCUGUAAAACUGUCAAAGAUUCCUCUGAGGGAGAGAGUCCUUGCAAGAAACGCCAUUAAGUCGAGCGGCAAUCAUACUGACAUAGCGACGGCACAAACAUACCCAUCUACGAAUCCACCUGAUUGCACAGUUUUCAGGCCUGUACUUCCAAGUGCACCCUCUAAAGACAGAGGUGUUGUCACACACUUAGGACAGCAACAGUUCCAUCUCAAAAAAACAUUGACUAGUGAUUCUAAGAAUCGUGCCAGAGUGAAACAUUCAGAAAAUCCUGUGAUAAAGAUGGCUAAAAAGCAAAAUGAAAAAGGCUCUGUAGGUACCAAACCUCUGUCACAGCACAAGUUUGUAAAAGCAAGCCGUGAUCAUGCUGCUUUGCCCCAGCGAAGCCACAGUGACUCAAGUGUUGGGACAGGCCAUAAAAGCAGAGCUCAGGCUGUAAAGAAGAGUGUCUGUGUUAGCGUGUGUUCAUCCAGUGAAAACAGCGAUGCAGAGAACAGACCGGUACGGGAGCAGAGGAGGACGGUCAAGUCUAAAGCCAGGAAGCGGUGUCCAUACCUCUUUGAUUACAGUCUGAAAUCAACCAAAGUGAUGGGGCUUCAUGCCACUGUAGGGGCUGGCUCAAAUACUGUAGACCAUGAACCACAGGCUUUGUGCUCAGACCAUGGAAAGAGUGGGUGUGCACCAACCAUAGAGAGAAAAUUGGAGGCAGCUGAUGAUGGGGAUAUUUUUAUUGAAAACUCUGCUUGGAGUGAAGUGAGCAUGGCCAAAGGAGAGGACUCUGUCAUUUCUAUUGAUAGCCCGUUGCCGCUAGCAGAAAGACUUAAACUUAAGUUCAAGUAAAACUCAUUAUCAAAAUGCAUGUUUUCCACUCCAAGAUUACCAAAUGUUAAGAGAAUCUUAACUGUAUUUUAUUUACUAAUGUACUUUAAUGAUUGUAUGUCUGUUUCAUGUUUUUUUGGAUGACAAUUGUCCAUAAUUUCUAAAUUCAUAAUUGACAAUGCAUUUAGUGUAUAGCACCCUUUGAUUGUUUGCAUUGAUUCCAGCACAAAGUAUUUUACAGUAGACGAAGCACAAGUAAAAUAACACAAAAAGGCUGAUAAACGUAAAAGGCUGGAAAUUUCAUAAUCAGAUCCCCAUUUGCGUUCAUAUAAAUUAAGAAUAAUUGUAUUUCAAGGUAAUCCUACAAACCCUGCAUUAAAUAGCAAAAAACAUGUUUUUCCAUUUACUUAACUGAAAGCCAGUGCAUUCAAAUCUACAGGAUCAGCUAUUCUUUACAUAAAUAACUAAUGGUAUGUAUCUGGAAGUGAGGGGUAUAGGCAUAUAUCGAAGUACGAAUCCAUUAUUACAACAUUAGUUUAUUAAUAGAACUACAGAUCCACUUCUAUAUUCGAGGUACUGUGUAUGGAUUUUCAGAUUUGUUUUUACUAUGUUUGUAAAUUUUAAAAAUACAAAUGACAUUACCUAUUUUGAUUUGAAGACUGCUGCAACGUGUUUACCCAUGUACAUUUGACUAUUAUUGUAGCCUCAACUUAAUUCUUCAGAACUGAAAUGCAUUAAAAUGUUUAUCAUGAAAAAAUAACCCUGAA